ACUGCUGUUUAGAGCUCAAAUUGUCAACAAGAAAGUUCAUCCAUCCUUCUUGAGAUUUAAGAGUGCAGUUCGUGUUGUGUCAGUUGCUGAUCUCCAUUUCUUGGACUCUAACUCGCCAUUUCAACGUUCAAUACGGAAGAUACAUUGAAGAAGUACUAGUGCGCAUCGCUUGUGUUUGUAUAUAUCCAUCGUCGACAUCAGCAAUAGUGUUAGUAGGCUACAAUCAAUAGCACCAUGUCUCUUGGAAAAUUCUUGGGCUUGGAUAAGGUGGGUCGCCUACAAGCCAUCAUUCGCCACAACGGUGGCCUCUGGAACUCCUUGAAGACCCUCUACAGGACGGAUGACUUGAAAAUUGGAACUCUGGUGGGCGAAGAUCGCUACGGAAAUAAAUACUAUGAAAAUCCGACGUACUUUUAUGGUACCAACCGAUGGGUAAUAUACAAUGAGACCAAGGGCACCAAUUAUGACGGUAGUCAAAUCCCUGCCGAGUGGUUUGGAUGGAUGCAUUACAAGACCGAUUUCCCCCCCACUGAGAAAAAGCCCGUUGAAUACAAAUGGAUGGCGACUCAUAAGGAGAACCUAUCCGGUACGAAAGACGCAUACAUGCCCUACUCCACCACCCGACCUAAAAUCGAAUCGUGGAAACCCGGACAAAAGCAGUCCCAACAAUAAGCGACGAAACACCCGGCGAGGCACAUCGAAACGAAUGAUUUGUGGAUGUGCCUUCACCCUGCAGUCAACACACCGUUAUCCACAUUCAAACUACAUGCAUCAUGAGCACGAGACAACAAUGAGGCGUGACAGGAUCACUUCACUAACCAAUCGCGAUCCAAGGAUAGAUUUGACUUGGUCAUAUCCAUCAAUCGCUCCAUCUCUGCGUCCUUCUAUGUAUCCAUCCAUCCUCAUGUCAAUAAAGCAGACAACACCCAAAUCACGACUUCAACCAACCUCUAGGUGGCUGUGUCCCCUUUUGGAUACAUAGCUCCAGAAUGAGAAUGAGCGACAAAGAGCAUUAGCAUCAGCAUUAUCAUCAACUUCGUCGCCUUCGCUGUUGGCGUCGGCUUCAUCUUCAUCUUCAUCACCAUCACCCUUGUCUCUGUCUGAUUCGUCAAUCUCAUCGAGAUGUCGUAUAUCACACAUGCAGUUUUUCUGUAACGUACUAGUUUCAGUAACCGAGUUGCUUCCUAAUCCAAUAAAGUCUGGAACAACGUC